CCGGGUAGGGCUCGGAUUUUUGCCGGCGAAACUUUGGGAUUUCGGCCCCGCUCCGAAGAUGCCGUUCCACCCGGUGACCGCCGCGUUGAUGUACCGGGGCAUCUACAGCGUGCCCCCGCUGCUGGCCGAGCAGCACCCCGUGGACAUCCCCGAGGACGAGCUGGAGGAGAUCCGUGAAGCCUUCAAGGUGUUCGACCGGGAUGGCAACGGCUUCAUCUCCAAGCAGGAGCUGGGCACGGCCAUGCGCUCGCUGGGCUACAUGCCCAACGAGGUGGAGCUCGAGGUCAUCAUCCAGCGCCUCGACAUGGACGGUGACGGGCAGGUGGACUUCGAGGAGUUUGUGACGCUGCUGGGGCCCAAGCUGUCCACCUCGGGCAUCCCGGAGAAGUUCCACGGCACGGACUUCGACACCGUCUUCUGGAAGUGCGACAUGCAGAAGCUGACGGUGGACGAGCUGAAGCGGCUGCUGUACGACACCUUCUGCGAGCACCUCUCCAUGAAGGACAUCGAGAACAUCAUCAUGACCGAGGAGGAGAGCCACAUGGGCACGGCCGAGGAGUGCCCCGUCGACGUGGAGACCUGCUCCAGCCAGCAGAUCCGGCAGACGUGCGUGCGGAAAAGCCUCAUCUGCGCCUUCGCCAUCGCCUUCAUCAUCAGCGUCAUGCUCAUCGCCGCCAACCAGGUGCUGCGCAGCGGCAUGAAGUAGGAC